AUGGCGUCGAUGGAGCGGGAAGGAAUUGAAUAUGCCUCAGAAUCAAGUCCACUCCUCCUGGGAAAUGCUCAGAACGGGCGCCAUGCAUCUAGAUUACAGCACCGGGCCACGGUCCUGCUAUGUGUCUUUGCGUUCAUUAUGAUGCUGGGCGACAAUUUGCAGCCUGCAGCGCUGACUCAAGUCAUGGAAGAUGCGAUCUGCAAUGCAUACUACGCGAGAAAUUCGACCUCUGUCAAGAUUCCCGGAUCAACGAUCGAUCGAUGCAAAGCACAUGCUGUACAAAAAGAGCUAGCACAGGUUCGUGGUUACCAGCAGCUGGUACCCGUUUUUGCGGCUCUUGUCUGCACGGUGCCGUACGGCCUCUUGGCCGAGCGUGUCGGGCGCAAGCGUGUGCUCGUCCUCAGCGGAGCGGGCGUCUGCGCCGCUCUCAGUUGGGUGCUGGCAGUGUGUUACUGGCAAUUUGCAAAUAUACGUUGGGUAUGGCUGUCAGGCGCCAUUCUCUUCCUCGGCGGUGGUGAUGCUGUCACCUCCAGCCUCGUCCAUAUCAUGGUCACCGACACGACAAGGCCAGCGGAACGAGCGCAGAUCUUCUUGUUCCUCCAUGCGGCCGACGUACUCGCAGGCUUUUGUGGCCCGGCCAUCAGUGCCGCGCUGAUGGAGAACGGAUACACCUGGGCGGUUCUCGUUCUGGCUGUAGUCAUGCUCUUUGCGGGCACCUUUCUGCUGACUCCAUUCAUCCCCGAGACCAUAGGUUUACGGGCCGAUGGCGGUCAUUCGUCCGGCUCAUCAGAAUCUCCUACGACCCUGUUUGACUCGGAUAUACACACCCCCGCAGAACCCACCAAGCCAGUUUCCUCCGCCUGGGGCCGGAUUUCGCGCACGCUCGCUCCCCUGACCUCAAACCGACAGGCGAUGUUGCUUCUCGCAGUUUUCGCCCCGCAAACUGCGGCUCGAGACCUAUUUACUAUGGUUGGCAUGCAGUACUCUCGCGCAAAAUUCGCUCUGCCCUACAGCCGCGGCAAUGUCCUUCUCUCCUUGUCUCAAGGAGCACAGGGACUAGUUGUUCUUGUCUUCCUCCCCUUUAUCACACGAUACUUUGCAGGCCCGCGCGGGUGGACGCCUUGGGUCCGUGAUCGUCGGUACGCCAUCGUAUCUGUUGCCCUCGUCUCCUUCGGACUGGGUGUUCUCGCAGUGGCGCCCGGAAUAGCGGUUGAGGUUGUGGGCUUGCUGAUUAUGGCAUGUGGAAGUUGCACGACGGGGCUGUUGAUGAGCUUGCUUGGUGCUGCCGUGCAGCCCAGUCAAGUGAGCGCUGUGUACAGCAUUGCACUUAUGCUGAGCAUUGUGGUCUCGAGUGUGGCAGGCCCAGUGGCGAAUACACUGUUGGUGGAGGGUCUUGGGCUCGGUUGGAUAUGGAUCGGGUUACCAUUUGCGGUAGCGGCGAUCAUCAUGUCAGGGGUGACAGUCCUCAGUACGGCGAUCAGCGUGGAGAAACCGGUCAAUUUCGAGGAGGAUGAGGAUGCGUUUGAGCAUGAGUGA